UCAUUUCAUUCGCAUUUUGCUCGCCAGUAAUCAAAAGUCCGCGACAGUGUACUGUCGCGUCGUAUCACCCGACCAUAUUUCGAAUUUUAAAAUACUCUAAUACUGCGUUCAAUUUAACUCAGUUUGGAAGGAAGUAGCAUUUCAAGGUCAAUCAUGACGGACUGUAAGAGUCCAGAAGAUAUGAAGCAGCUCGUGACUAAGAUGCGAGAGUGGCUGAACAGUCAGCCGCAUCUCCCGAAGGAUGUUGAUGACCGCAUCCUGGAACGGUUCGUGCACAGCUGCUAUUUCAACUUGGAGAAGGCUCAGACGGCUGCCGACCUCUUCUUCACCAUCAGGGGAGCGUCUCCGGAACUCCUCAGUAACAGGGAUCCUACAUCGCCUGCUAUGGUGAAGGCCUUGAAGAUUGUGAACCUGGCGCAACUGCCAAUCUCGGGAAACCGCCGGCUUUGGAUAUGGCAGCUGAAUGACCCCGGACUAGACCAUUAUGAUUACGUACAGGACGCGAAGAUGUUCUUCCUAAGCACAGACGCGUGGUUGCUGGAUGAUGUGACGUUUGCCGAGGCUGACGUCGUAAUGAUGGACGUCAAGGAUCUCUCGUUGAAGUUCCUCGCUAAGUUCAAUGUCUCCGUCGCCAAGAGACUGUCCAAGUAUCAGGAGGAUGCGAUGCCGAUUCGAUUGAGCCAAGUGCACAUAGUGAACGCACCCCCGUUCAUUGACAAGUUGUAUGCUCUCAUGAAGCCUUUCCUCAAGCAGGAAGUCACUGAUAUGAUUCACUUUCAUCCGCCGAAGUCAGACAGUCUACACAAGUAUAUGGCCAAGGAAGACUUGCCAGAAGACUAUGGUGGCUGCCUACCACCAAUGCACGAACACAUGAACGCUGUUAUGGAAAUUAUCAUGAAACACAAGGAAGAGCUCGCCAACGACAAUUUAUGGCGGUCCACAGAUAAGAAAUCGAAGAACAAGAAGAAUAGUAAUUCAGAACCCACUACGUCAUUCCGUAGUCUUGCCAUCGACUAGCAUUUAUUCGAGCUACCUCAGAAUGUAAUGUUAUAAACUUAUAAUUAAGUCAUCGUAAGGGUGUGGCAGUUUUAAGAAAGUCUAGAGAAUUAAAAUUUUGAACUUAAAUUAUAAAGAAAGGAAUUUAUAAUAGGGUAAUGAUGUCAAAGUGUCAAAGAAUGUUCGUACUACCCGGUUUUCCAAAUAGAAUAGUUAAACAGUGGAGAAUGGAUUUCAAAAGGUAUUAAAUAGAUAAGUACUUAGUAUUGAAAAGUUUACGCAGUCGUUACAGUUCCGUAGCUACUUAUAAAAGUAGCAAUAUAAAGCCAAAUUCUUCUAUUGACUUAAUGAUUAACAGUUUGUCAUGUUUAUAUAGACAGAGUCCAAGACGUUCGGAUGUGAAUUUAGUUAGCAAUGCCUCGUAAUAGUCGGGCUAGUUUCAAUCUAGAUAAAAAUAUGAGGUGUCAUUUUUUAUCCGGAAUGAAAGUAAUUGAAAGAAAUCCCAUGUUCGGUUGAACAAAAUCACAUUUUUUAAAACGGCGCUUACGUGAUUUUCACUAUAGGACGUCGAGAUUGGAUAUGAUUUAGGUAAGAAAAUGUGAGUCUCCAGGGGUAUAAAAGUUCUCUUUAAAUAUUUAUCUUUUAUUAGUUUUUUUUGGGACCGCCUUUAUGUUAGUCACGCUGCUUUAUAAUCUAUAGGCACAGAAUAAGGAGCAAUGCCAUACCCCGGACACUUCAUACAAAAAACCUCGUUUUAUACAGACACCACACAUUGACGUUAUCGGACCUACACGCCAUUCUAUACGUAGUACCUCCUUAUUCAACAUAUGGAACGGAAAUUCUCCGCUUUCCCCCACCAACGGCUGAGCUAGGUUUACCUCACCCCCCUCGGUCUUACUUUAGUCUUUCUUAUACGUCAAUGUGUAAUUUCUGUGUAGUACGAGAUGUUUUGUAUGAAGUGUCCGAGGUGUGUUAUAGUUACAAAAAGUGUUAUCGUCUACCACAUAGCAGAGUACUACGGCUAAUUUGAAGGCGCCCUUAGUCAAAGUGAUAGCACAAAAGUUUGUGAUAUAUUAACGUCAACAAGGUUUAUUUAAGUAAGUAAUUGUAUUAUAAGGAAAGAACUUUAAGCAUACAUUUUCAAUCUGCCUUUUUUUCGAAUUUAUUACAUUACAAAGCAUUUUAAUGGAUACAGGGAAAUAACACUACACAAAUAAUAGAUAAUAAACUUGCGACACGCACACGGUAUUCUAUGAUGUCCGUUUUAAAUAUAAAUUGAAGCAUGGUAUAAGAAGACCAGGUAUGGUCAAAACUGACAGCUAGCAUUUCAAGGUAGCUCAGAUGACGUCAUCCGACCCCGCGUUGCCAUUUCGUAAAAAAUAAAUUACCCACGUCCCAUGUUUUUAAUUUACUUUGCAAGGAAAUUUUGAACUUUUACUAAAAGAUUUACGUACAGUUUUAAUGAUUUUAUAUAUGUGACAAGUAAUAAUAAUUAAAUACAUUAGUCAGUAAUUCGCUUAAUUUUCAAUAAUAAAAAUUUACGGCAUUGGAAUGUUGGAGAUACCAAUUGAAUGGUAACACUUACGUCAUCAAUGGGCAAGCAAUGGCGGCUUGUCAUAGGAUUGAGCAUACCUGGUUUUCUUAUACCAUGAAUUGAAGUAGUAUUUGCUUUAGAUAGAAUAAUGCAGGGACGUAGAAGGCCACUGCAAGUAAAACAAAAUAGAAAUGUUCCAGUUUUAUUGCUUAUAUAUUGGUCCUUGAUUGAUUAUUUGCAUAGUAGGUACUCUAAUAUGAUUUUAAAAGUAUUUUUUUGAUUUAAUAAAAAGUAGAAUCACUUACUACACCAGUACGUCAAAACUCGGGACAACUCAUUCGGAAUGAAAAAGAUCUGUUUAAAAUUUUAAUUGAACAUUCCUUAGGUAAGUAAUUAAAGAAUAAUUUUAUAUUGUGUUCAUGUUUGAAUUGUUGCAUUAUAUGUAUUGUAUUGAAUUGUACAGAAAAUAAAGAAUUUCUUUUUUUUAAA